AUGAACAUGGCUGAAGGAGGAGUGAUUUCAACUCAUCAUGGUGCUGAUUACCUGUUCAGCAGUGACGCUUCACACCCUGAUACACAGAGAAUACAUGAGAGCCUAGGUUAUAUAGAGGGUAAAGCUACAGUUUUUCAUUCUUGUUAUCUCUCUGCAAAUGCAAGUGCCAGCUCUGAAAUGAAACAGACAGUGGCUUUGGGUCACUUCAUCCUUCCCCCUGCCUGUGUACAAGAAGAAAUUAGAAAAAAACUUGGUAGUUUUAUAUGGGAGCAGAUGAAUGAUUCUCUGAUGGAACAGCUUGAUGAAUUAACACCAGUUGAAAUAAAGACUAGCAUAAAAGAGGAUGAGCAAAGAAUAAAGGGCAAAAAAGCCCUGGAUGGAAGCAGUAAAGAAAAAAGAGUAUCAAAAACACCAGUGGGAGGGAAACUUGCAUUCUGUCCACUUCAGGAUUAUCCAGUGAACAACAUGGUGACAGGUUAUGUCUCUUCUAGUGAGAUGAAGAAAUACCUUGGGGAACUACAUGACUUCAUUCCUGGUACUUCAGGUUACUCGGUAUAUUGGGUUAAAAAUGAAAUGGACAUCUUCUCCGAUGUGAAAAAUAAAUUGAAAAGAAAACUAUAAAUGACAUUUAAAUGGUUUGUAUCAAAAACAUAACUUGGCUUUGCUAAAACAUUGCUAAAUAUACGUAUGCCUGGUUAAUAACAUCCCAUCUUUAGCAUUGUAUAUGUCCUUGUUCUCUCUCUCUUUUGUUGGUCAAUAGUUACUUUAAAUAACACUGUCAUGGUACUUAAAGGUUCUUUUAGUUCAGUGACUGGAGGACUGAAUUCUGAGUUGAAUUUCUUUGUAUUAUUUUUGGCCAAGGCAAACUUAUUAUAUUGACUACAACUGGGUGUGCCUUAUAAUUUUUUGGAUACUCAUUAUAUUUUAACAACUGGUUACAUUUGCUGUAAACAGCUUUAACUACUUAAAAAUUUAUUUUGUA